AUGUCAACUUCAACUCCCACAGCGCCGGCUACCGAGUCUGUCACUGUCAACGGCAUCAAUUAUAGGCCAAUUCGAGAAGGCCUUGCGUCUAUAUUAGCUCCUUAUCGUGAAGCACCAGCCGACCAUGCCACCACCAAAGGCAAAAAGCCAAGGAACAACGACCAAGGCGAGCAGGCAGUCUUCUACAACCCUGUCCAGCAAUUCAAUCGUGAUUUGAGUGUUCUUGCCAUCUUAGCCUAUGGUGAAGCGGCACUGGUCGAGAAGGCUGAAAGGUACCAGAAGAAGCAUGGACAGACCAAGAGGCAGAGGGAGAACGCCAAGAAAAAGAAGGCAGCCAACGGAACCGCUUCUGACCCAGGCAUUGAAGUGGAACCCGACCUCCGCGACAGUGAUGGCUCCAGAAAACGAAAGCGAGCGGAUGAGGCAUCAGAAGAAGCCUUCGGCAAGGCCAGCUCUGGUCCAGACGAAUAUAAUGCCAAGCGAACCAAAACCGAUGUUCCCGAACUAGACGACGAGGAGCUGGAGAUGAUGCAAACGUAUGAAAACGGCCAGACUCAAUCUCAUCCGAACAGCUUGGACGGGCCAGCAGACCAACUCGCAGAGACAGGGUCGAAGCAUGGUCCCCGUUUCACGAUUCUUGAUGCUCUAUCCGCCACUGGCCUCAGAGCUUUGCGCUAUGCCAAAGAAAUUCCUUUCGCCACCCGGAUCAUCGCCAAUGACCUGUCUCGCGAUGCUGCCAAAUCAAUCGAAAUGAACAUUGACCACAAUGGCCUCAAAGGGAAGGUUUGCUCAAACGUUGGCGAUGCUCGUGCCUAUAUGUACAGCAAAGUUGGGAUAGAACAGACGUCUUCCUCUGGCACCUCUAUCCACAGAUUUGAUGUCAUCGAUCUUGAUCCCUAUGGAACUGCUGCACCCUUCUUCGACUCUGCUUUACAAGCUAUCCAAGAUGGAGGCUUACUCUGCGUGACUUGCACCGAUGCUGGAGUCUUUGCUUCGAAUGGCUAUCCUGAAAAAGCAUACGCACUGUAUGGCGGCAUUCCAACGAAGGGCGCCCACUCUCACGAAGGAGGCCUUCGCUUGAUUCUUCACGCCAUUGCAGCUGCCGGCGCCAAAUACGGCAUCGCCAUUGAACCUCUUCUAUCUCUAUCAAUCGACUUCUACGCUCGCCUGUUCAUUCGCAUCCACAAGCAGCAGAAGGAUGUAAAGCUCCUUGCCGGCACAACGAUGAUCGUUUACAGCUGUGACCAUGGCUGCGGAGCAUGGACCACGCAACUCCUUGUCAGAAAUAACACGCAAAAAUCCAAGAGUGGAGAGAUGUACUUCAAGCACAGCUAUGCCCAAGGUCCAAACGCUGCACCAUUCUGUGAGCAUUGCGGCAAAAAAACCCAUCUCAGCGGUCCCGUAUGGGCCGGCCCGCUACACAAUCCCUAUUUCAUCCAACGCAUCCUCGACAAGCUCCCUUCGCUAGACAAGACAACCUACACAACCAUGCCCCGAAUCGAAGGCAUGCUUACCGUCGCGCUUGAAGAAGACCUUAAUCUAGACCAAAAGCUCAUUUCCACAACCUCGACUCCAGUCCCAGCCACAAACCCCGACCCCCAACCACGACCAUCUACCCUCCCCAUACCUCGCACACCCCCCUCUCAAUUGGACUCGCACCCCUUCUUCUUCAUCCCCAGCUACCUCGCCAAAAUCCUCCACUGUCAAACCCCGUCCGAAGACUGCCUCCGAGGCGCCCUCCGCCACCUCGGCUACCGCGUCACACGCUCACACUGUAAACCUGGUUCCUUCAAAACCGAUACACCUUGGACGGUGAUCUGGGAGGUGAUGAGGGAGUGGAUGAGGACGAGAGCACCGGCCAAAGAAGGCGCAAUUACGGAGGGGAUGGCGGGCUGGGGGAUUCUGGGGAGACUAAGGGGGAGCGAGAGGGCGAGAUCGCAGGAUUGGAAAUACGAGGUGGAGGGGUUGGUGAGGAAGGCGGGUACGGUAGAUGAGAUCAAGACAGGGCUCGAGGCUGCACUGUUCAGGUUGGGAAGGGAGGGAUCAGACAAUGGUGGUGGUGGUGGUGGUGCGCGUGUUGGACAGAUGAAGAAGGACAGGGCAGAUGGCGUUAGCGAGAGCGAAGCGGAGGCGGAGGUAGAAACUGAAAAGAAGAACGAAGAGGUGAGCGCCACCGAUGCAAGCAAGCUCGAGAUCAUCUUCGACGAAGCAUUAGGCAAGGAAAAAUCUCCGCGAAAACUGUGUCGAUACCAACUCAACCCGCGACCGAACUGGGGUCCGAUGAAUCGAGCUGCAGGUAGUUGA